AUGGAAGAGUCAUGGUCGUCGGGCGGCGCGCCGCUGCUGCGCACGAGGUCGCUGCCGCUGGUGUUGGAGGCGGCGAGCGGCGCUGCGCCCACGCGACAGGCCAAACUCGACCCGCGCCAGCUUCUCACGCUCACACGCCACUACUACCCCGAGGGUGGGUGGGGCUGGGGCGUGGCCGCCGCUGCCACUCUCGCGCAGAUUCUCGCACACGGACUGCACCAGGCCUCCGCUGUACUCGCCGUCGAGACCGUCAAACGAUUUGGUCCGGAGACUCGCAUGCAAGCAGGAUGUCUGGGGGCUCUGUCAGCGGGAGUGGCGCUUGCGCUGUCGCCGGUGACGGUGGCGCUGUGCGUGCGCAAGUCUACGCGAGUAACGGCUGUAGUGGGCGGCCUCGUAGCCGCCCUCGGCUGCCUCUUUACCUCGUUUGCUACGCAGUUCCACCAGCUCUUCUUCAGUUAUGGGACGGUAGUAGGUGUGGGCGUGGGCCUGACGAGGGACUGCUCAACCCUGAUGGUGGCGCAAUACUUCAAACGAAGAAGAGAGCUCGUCGAGAUAUUUAUCGUCAGCGGCAGCGGACUCGGCAUCGCCGUUAUGUCCACAUUCAUCAAAGGUGCCAUAAGAGCAAUAGGCUGGCGUCUAGGACUGCAGGCUGUGACGGGAGUAGUGUUCGCAACGUUCAUUCUGGGCACGUUCUACCGAUCAGCAUCUCUAUACCAUCCUCAGAGAAGAGCGAUAUUGCACCUUAAGAAUCAAAACAAGAUCAAACGGAAGAUGAAAGACAGGAACAAAAGUGAUGAUCGUCAACCAUUCUUCGACUUCUCCACGCUAAAGUCGAAAACAGUGAGAAUCCUUCUCAUGUCAACUGGAAUAUCAGCGUUUGGUAUAAAUACACCGAUAUUCUAUUUGGCAUACCAUGCUGAAGAAGAAGGUUUAGGAGACACCGUGGAACUCUUGCAAGCGUACCUUGGCCUAGCCUGGGCAGUGGGUUGUGCAGCGUUUGGGUUGCUAGUGCGUCAGAAUAAUGCUGAAUGCCGGAUAGCUCGACAGUACCUCACCCAAGCAGCUGUGUUCGUGUGUGGACUUGCAACCAUGGCGCUCACAGCUGUUGAGGGCUCCUAUCGAGGCUACGUCAUGUUUGCUUGGGUUUACGGCAUAUUCUGCGGAGGCUACCAUUAUUCGCUGAAAAUGUAUACGUACGAGCGAGUGCGGUCUCGUAACUUUGCACGGACGUGGGGCUUCGUGCAGUGCUCACAGGCCGUGCCCAUAGCAAUAGGGGUGCCGCUGUCAGGGUACAUAAACGUGGGUUGUGGCGGUAAAGCGGGCUACUACUUCAGCUCGACGUGUUCCCUCAUCGGUUCCCUGUCUCUCUUCUGUAUUGAUCUUCAUAGGCGCAGUGUAGCGCACAAACACACCAAAGAAAACGGUGGUACUGCAAAUUGUGAGUCGACGUGUGAGCCGUCGCGACGUAGCCGCAGUCGCGAACGUGAACCACGUACAGCCGCAGGCGCAGCCACCGCAUUAGUUCUAGGAGCAGAAUUUGUAGCACCAGGGCGUACGGGUCGCGACCUCCUACUGGACAGUAUACGGCCGGGCACCCUCGGCUCUCCGCCGCCCAACGUGCCGCCCGAGCUGACCUGCAUCAGCGAGGAGGGCGGUUUGGACCUCGACCUCGAUCUGGAUAUACCAGAACACCUGCUCGAGGACUUAGACUGCGGGGGUGAUUGUAUCACUAGUUGUAAUAAGGUCGAAAACUAUUUAAUGUUAAGUGAAUACGAAAACAACCUAAUAGCCGAGCUGCCGAAUCUGAACGAGCGACGUGGACGCCGCUGGUCCAUCGUCGUGGCCAACUCUCCGCCACAAGCCUCCACUAUCCCAGAACACCCAAACUCUCCAGAAAUGCACCCCGUUAACUCUAACAAUAAGUGGAAGAAAAAGUGCCAUAACACAAACAACAGACUGAUUACAGUGAUCAACGAGGCGUCACUCUGA